UUUAGGUUUACCAGAAUUUUGUUGACAUCACGUGACGUAUCAUCUGGUAAUUUCUGAAAACUACAUACGACAGGAAAUAGAAAGCUUGUUAUUAUUUCCCCUGUCGUAAUCUCAUGUCUAUUAUAAUGAAUCGUACUUAACUCAUGGAUAACACUAACACCAGUUUUGAGAGUCAAAAGUCUGUGUUAGACAUUUCUGUAAGAAAUCCAGUGACUCACAACACUUGGGAUAAAGGCAGAUAUACUAGUUAUGAGAUUGCUGUAAAUACAUCUAAUAAGUCAUUCUGUUUGAGUGAGUCUACCACAAGGAGAAGAUACUCAGAGUUUGAAUGGCUGAGGAAAACUCUCAAGAAUCAUCACCCUUUAGUGACCCCUCCACAAUUACCACCAAAGAAAUAUUUUGGUGACAGAUUUGAUCCUAGCUUUAUUGCGUUCAGGAUGACAGGUUUAGAAGAUUUUCUGAACAAUCUUUUAUUAGAGAAAGUAUUUUUGUCUGAUACAACAAUGCACUUGUUUCUCCAAACUAAUCUCACCAUCAAAGAAAUGAAAGAUUAUAUAGAAGGGAAAAUCUCUGCUUUCUCACUAGAAAGUUUAUGGAAGGCCAAUGGUUUCAAAGAAAACUGCAGAGAAUUUUGUGGUCUUUCUACUACAGAAGAGAAUAAUGAAUGGGCGCAUGUGAACAAAAACGAGCAGAAAAAGUCAGAAAAUCUGAAUGUUGAUGAGUGUAGGGAUUCUAAUAAUUCUGAUAUCAGUUCAUCGUUUUCUGACGAAGAGGAUAGAAUGACAGAAUACCCUUCUGUAUCUUUAGUUGCAAACGUUAAUUCCGUUGAACAAGACUCUGGAGUUUCUUCUAAUACAGAAAAAUCAUCUUCGCCAAAACUUUUAAAACCAAAUUCUAGUCAAAGAACUUCAGAAACAAUACAUUCAGAUACAACAAAUGUUGAAGUUGAUUUUGAAAAUGAUCAUCAAGUUUCUGACAGUUUUAGUAUCAAUACAACCAAAAUAUAGUCAUUAGUGAUGCAGGUGUUCUUAAUAUACAAUUAUAAUCUCUUUGAGAAUGACAUGCCAGUCUAUUUAAAUAGAGUUCAUAUUUGUUUUAAGUACCAUACAAAGUAUUAAAUGUGUUUAUGCCUGCCAUUGUUGUUAAUGGAAGUAUGCAUUUUUAUAAUUUAUAAUUUUCUAUUAUCCUUGAUGUGUUUUUAACAAAGUGUGGCAGUACAAGUUUGUGCUCAUGUUUUUUUCUCACUGAAACUUUGAACAUCCAUAUUCAGAUAUUUUUGAAUGACUGAUAUGUAACUCAUUUAAAAUUUUGACACAUCAUGUAUUAAUGAUAGCUUUGUAGUCUAAGAUGUUUAGGUAAAUAUUAGUCUUGCCAUUAACUUUUUCCCUGCUCGACACAUUGCAGGGGACAUAGAAAUAUUGCGUGUGGCUCUGUAUCCCGGUGCAUCCUUCCUUUGGGCCCUGUUAGCUCUCUCACAUGUACAAUUCCUGCCAGAUUUUAGCAUAGAUUUGUAUCACUAAUGUCUGAUCAGUUUGUUUUCCAGUGCCAAUUAACUAUUGUUUAAAAAGUUAUGCCCCUUGGAAACAUUAAUUAUAUUGAAAAUUGUAUCAUUAGAGCUCUGUGUUCAAUUUUUGCCAAUUUUUUGUGAAAUUUAUAUUGUAUGUUCAUAUAUCCAAUGUUUUGGACAGGUUAGAAUAUCGAUGCUGAUGAAUCAUUUUUAAAAGAGUUAUGGUUCUAAGAAAUAUUAAUAAGAUAGAAAAUUGGAUUGUGAAUAGCACUCUGGUGAGUCAAUUCUUGUCAGAUUUUUAUGAAACUUAUAUUAUAUGUUUAUAUCAGUAAUGUCUAGGACAAUUCUGAAAAUAAGUGUCAAUCAAAUAUUAUAAUAUGAGUUAUGCCCUUCAAAAUCUGAAAUAUACCGAAAACAUUGCUCUCAAGUUUCAACUCAUAUCAACUGUUUAUUAACCUUCAUUAUGUAAGUAAUGCAUCGUUUCAAUCUUUGUGAUGAAGAGCUAUACCAGCAAAAUAUAAAGAGGUAUUGAAGACACAUAUGACAUUUUCAGAAAGAAAAAAAAACAUUAUUCUUUAAGUUUACAUAUUUGACCACUAAGUUUAUAUAUCUCAUUUUGUCUCGCAUAUCCCAAAAGCUGCAGAAUGAGAGACUUGGGGAUGUGAAUUCUACAACUAUUUUACCUUUUACAUUUUGUCCUACUAAAAACUCUUUUACUACACUUAUUGUGUUAAGAAAAGGAAGUGGAUGUGAAUUUAUAUUCAUUAAUUAUGAUAGCUUUUACUUUCCAAGAAAGUGUAUGAUGUCAAGUGUUUGACUUGCAGUAUUUUACAAUUUAUUGAGAUGUAUGUUCAUAUUUUGAAUUUAUUAAACAAUUCAACAAGAA